AUGGUUUGGCCGUUCAGCAGCAGCAGCAGCUCAUCGGAUUCGACUUCACAGGCCACCGCACCGUUACAGCAGUCCACAUCGAUGACCGAUAUGACGGAUGCAGCAAUGCCUGGCAUCGAUUUUAGUAGUACUGGUGGUGCUGCUAGUACGAUGGGCACGGAUACAGCUAGCAAAAUCGGCUUCGAUAAAUACCCGGUUUUUGCACUGGAUCAGCUGAAGCAUGCUGGUGUACCGUUUGAAAAACAGCUUUCGCCAUAUCUGCAGAUGGACCCGUCGGUAUUUCGUGAAUCGACACCACAGUAUAUUGUGCCUGGUGAAUCAAAAGGAGAUUUGGAAUUUGCGAUGGGUCGAAUAGGAUGGGCUGUUCUAGGUGGAUAUUCAGUAGGCUGCCUGCGUGGCCUACUUCCAGAAUUGCGAAACGCCGACACCAGAAAACUGUAA